AUGUCCGGGAAAAUUCUGGAUUUACAAGGAAUUCGAGGAAUCGCAAUUUUGGCGGUGCUCGGUUUCCAUUUCUUUCCAAAAUGCUUUCCAAAUGGUUAUUUGGGCGUGGAUUUGUGAGUUUUUUGGGGGAUAAAAAUUAUGGUCCCCACCCCUAUUUUUUUGCAGAUUUUUCGUUUUAUCUGGAUUUCUAGUCUGUAUGCUGCUCACUGGCUCCGAAGCCGAAAACAUGACAAAAAUCGAGAUUUUCUGUGAUUUCUAUACGCGAAGAUUGCGUCGAAUCGUGCCCCUAUAUUUUCUAUUUAUCCUAACUUCUCUAAUUUCUCUCCACACAUUUUUUCCCAAAAUUGUUAUUGAAAGAAACGAAAAAUCAGCGAAACGCGCAAUAUUUUUCAUCUCAAAUCAACUAAAAUCAAAUGAGGAUAAUUAUUUCGAACAAAUGAAUUCGGCUUUCGAUAUUUUCACACACACUUGGUCGAUUUCUGUCGAAAUUCAAUUCUAUUUAUUGGCCCCAUUCAUAUUUCUGGUGAAUUUUGGAAAAUUGCCAAGAAAAUGUGUUUUUUCCGGAUUAUUGUUGAUGAGUUAUGGUUACAAUUUCAUGUAUUUACAAGAAGAUUUGGCUUUUUUCGAUAUUUUUGCGAGAUUUUGGCAAUUUUUUAUGGGAAUUUUGGUGUAUUUAUUUUGGCGAGAAAAACGAUCUCAAGAUGAUUAUGAUAUUCUGAUGGAUAAUGAAGAUUCUGAAGAAAAUGAGAAGAAGAACAAUUGGAUUUUCCAGACAGUUUUAGUGGUUUUAUUGAUUUUUGGUGUAUUUUUACCAAUUCCAAUUCAUGCGAAAUUUUUGAGGUGAGAAUUGUUUUUGGAAAUGCUUUUAGAAACAUUCUUAUGUAAGCUGGUUCCACGUGGCAAUAAAGAACAAUUUGAAAAAUGAACAUUUUCAAGAAAAAAAAUCCUCCCGAUUUUCAGUCAAAAAUUUUUUGAAAAAAUUAAAAUUUUCCAGGCCUAUUUUCACAUUUCUAACCGCUAUUAUAAUAUUUCUAUCAAAUUCCGAUCAAAAUUUCAUUCUCUCCAACAAAAUUCUCACAUUUUUCGGUGAUAUUUCCUAUUCUCUAUAUUUAUUUCACUGGCCAAUCUAUUCUUAUUGUAAUUUUUAUGGUGAAACUCCUGAUUUCAAUUAUUAUAUAAUUCUAUUUAUCUCUCUAUUUUUAUCGAUUUUAAUUGCUAUAAUUCUGCAUUUUUCUUUUGAAAAAUGGUAUCUCCAACAGAAAAACAUUAUUUUAAUAAGUCUAAUUAUAUUUUUUGUUAUCCCGAUUAUCGCAAUUUUAAAUCUCGAAAAAAUUCCAAGUAAAAUUUCGAAUCCCGUGGAAAUGAUGAAUAUUGAAUGGAGUUUGAAGGAUCAACAAAAUUUGAGAUAUUCUAAAUGCUUCAUUGAAACUGGUCAUUUGUUUGGAAAAUGUUAUCAUUCGGAUCUUAAUUCCGAUUCAAAUUCGACGAAAAAUGAGAAAAAAUUCAAAAUUAUGCUGUUUGGAAAUAGUUGGGCAGCUAAUCAUGCUGCAAUUGUUCAUGAGGAAUGUGGAGGAAAAGCGAGCGAGAUUUUGCAGAUUGCUGCGGCUGGUAAGAGAUUUUUAAAAAAAUUGAUGAACCUUUUUGAAUAAAAAUAUUUGUAAGUGUUUCAAAAGUCAAAUUUAGAAAAGACCUUCAUAGGAAAAAUUCUAAUUUCAAACCUUUAUAUUUUUUCUGUUCUAAAAAUCGGAGAAUUUUUGUUGUUCCAGAAAUUUUUAGUCCUAUUUUUCAGGCUGCGAACCUCUUGUGGAACUCGAAUGUUACGAUGGUUGCAAUAAAUUUUCGCUCGAAAUUCAAGAAAAUCUCAAAAAUUUCCGUCCCGAUUAUGCAUUUCACAUUGUACGGCCUUUUGGACUCACAGAAAAUUCCACGGAAAACUUGGAAAAUGAUCGAAUUUUCCAAUUUAUGCUCGAAAAAACACAAGAGAUUUCAAAAUUUGUGUCGAAAAAAUUGUACUUUUUGAAUUCGAUUCCGGAUGUAAAUACGAGAAAUAUCGCGAGAAUUGUGCAGUUUUUGGAGAGAAAUCAGACAGAUCAACUUGAUGUGAGUUUUAAAAAACAAAUUUGUUAAUUAAUUAAUUUUUUUUUUAUAGAAAAUCCUGAUAGAUUCUGAAAAUCACUAUGAAAUUGCUAGAAAUCGAAUCACCAAUUUGGUCGAAAAAUGUGGGGAAAAAUGUGAAAUUAUCGAUUAUUAUCCGCUUUUUUUCAAUGAGAAAACUGGAAAUUUCAGAUUUUAUGAUGAAAAUGGAUAUUCGUAUUUGACAGGCGGAAAUCAUUUGAGUCCAAAAGGAUUGGAAUUUAUUAGACCGGUUUGGAGAAAAUUGUGUGAGGGUAUUUGA